AGACACGUCAGGGGAGCUCAGAAGAAGAUGCUCAACGCCAUGGGUCGGCGGAGCCUUAAAACCUGACGAAAGUGAUCAUCGCUGUUGCAUAUAAUCAUACAUAUACACAUAGGAAGGAAGAGGGAAAAGCUCAGAGAAAGCAAACAAGUUAGGACAGAUCUUUCAGUUUAAAUAUCGGAUUACAGUCCAAUUGAUACCAACUAUGGAACUAAAGAAAUUCAUCACAGACAGUGAGCGGGCGAUGAAGAGCUACGGCACCGUGCAGGGCACGGAGUGGCAGACAGACAAAGCUCAGCCCGACGUCUCCAUGGUGGACAGCACCAUGUCCCCCGACGAGAUUGAGAUGGAAAUGGCUCGCAUCCAGCGUCUGCGUGAGGUGCUGGUACGUCGUGAGUCUGAGCUGCGAUUCAUGAUGGACGAUAUUCAGCUGUGCAAGGACAUCAUGAAGCUGAAGCAGGAGCUGAGGAAGAUCGUGGCAGUACCCGAGCAGGAAAAGACCAAUAAGCACAGGCAGAGAGAGGAGGAGCUCAUUCUGAAGAUUCACAAACUGGUCCAGAAGAGAGAUUUCUUGGUGGACGACGCAGAGGUGGAAAGAUUAAGGGAACAGGAGGAGGAUAAGGAGAUGGCAGAAUUCCUGAGGCUCAAACUGCUGCCACUGGAGAGGCAGACCAAGGUCACCGAAGGCCCCCCAAAGUUAAAGACCACCCCCCCACCACCUCCAGGCAAGCCCUCAAUUACCAAAUCAGGAGCUGCGAUCAUCAAAGACUGCUGUGGGGCUGCCCAGUGUAUCGUCAUGUGAUCAUCCUCAAGCCAUCCAUUUCAAACACUAUACUGUGACUUAUGUUACCAAACUCCCCAUGCAAAUAUGACAGAGCCCCAAACACAGUUACUGAGCAUACAGCACACGUCAACUAUUACUUUAAGAUGAGUAACUCAAACACACUGACAAGGGUAACUGACACCUUAAUUCUGUUGUGCACCAAGGCUUCAAAAAAAAAAAAAAAAACCCACUAUUGCGGUUCCAAGAUUUAUUUGGUUAAUUUUGCCAAAACUGAACCACAUUGUAGCCCGGUCCAGUCAUAAGAUAAGUGCCAAACAUGCGUUAACCACAACACACAGGAGGGGGUAAAUGAAAUUGCAGACUAUUGUAAUGACUGUAGAUUUAUAACCAGACUAUAUUUGCCUUACAAAUAAUACACAUAAUUACAAGAUUUCUAAAAGCCAGUCUUUGGAGCUUUGGUAAAAUCAGAAUUAUAUGGUCCAUGGAAAAAAAUAUAUGCCGCAAUAUACUGCUAUUUGUUACCGACUUGGAUGGCUACAUGCCGCAUCCAGCAACACAUGUACAGCUAGGGGAUAACUAUGUACCUGCAUUUUGAAACGCUACAUGCUUUAGACACAGAUUAACACCAGGGGUUUUCCUUAGUGACAAAGAUUAAUGCAAACACAGGCCCAACACACCGAACUCUACAAGGCAUGUGGAAUAGACAGGUGGUGCAAAUUAGACUAAAUGACUUCUUCAAAAUCAGACCAAAAACAGCCCAGUAACUUAAAAUCAGCAUUAAAAUCAGCAUUAAAAUCAGCAUUAAAAUCAGCAUGGCCCCCCAAGUUCAUACUCCUCAGUCAGAGUCAACCUUAAAAGGGUGAUAAUCUGGGAGCCCUCCUGGUUAUGUACUGUGCUGACAUCAUACUUGUAUAUAAUAUUAAUAAAUGCAUCUUUCUUGAG